GCAAAUCCACGAAACUCAUCUGCACCAACUUCAUUAUUCGCGUUUCGUAUGUUUACUUUGAAGAAAAAAUGGUUUAUUAAUAUGCUUCGUAUUGAAACGUACAAAAGAAUAAAGAAUGAUACGAAAACGCUUCAUCAAAAUUUGGCAUCAUUUCGUGAAUAUUUAUCC